GUCACAUUUAAUAUCCUCCAACAUCUCUAUCGCACUCUUAACAAUCCAUUUCGAGCAUGCUUCCGCUGCACAAACCACCCCAUUCAAAUUCUCGUGAUACUCACUCUUGGUGUUGUCCGCCAACCAAUCUUACCGAGCUGACUAAUCCCCUUCCAUUCCUCACCGACGCGUCCUUCACCUUAUUCCACUAACGUUAGCAUCCUCCCACUGACUCUCAUCUCAUCGCUCACUCAUGCCAUCUCAGACAAAAUGCCCACUCCUUCAAAACAUGUCAAAUUCGUCGCCUCAGAUCCCUCGCGCGGCGGUCUCCCCGUGAAACGCAAACAGGUCCAACACGCUUGCGCAUCAUGUCGCAAGAAAAAGAGGCGCUGUGUUCAUGCUGAAGAUGCGAUCGAUGAGACUUCGCCUCCCGUGGAAGAAGAUGAGACAUCCCGGUCAACAUCACUACCCUUACAAACACAACGAACUGCUCUCCCAGACUCAUCGCUUCAAUAUGCAAACUCAACCGCAAAUGCAAGUCCUGCUGCGCCAACUCCAAGGCGCGAGUCAGGAAGCACGCCAAACCAAUCAUCCCGCUUCGUAGGGGAUCUCAAUCCAGAGGGCAUGUUCAUGGAAGCCACAGGCUCAGCGUCCAUCCGCGAGACGUCGCAGAAAGGAGAUGUGGGAAUAUGGCUUUCUUCUAAUAAUCCUGGACAAGCGAGUCAAUUCAUUACUUCUCGACCGCCGCCCAUAAUGGACCAGUUUUUACUACCGUUUGUGAAAGAGCAUUGUCUCUCGUGUCUUCCGCCACAUCAAGACUACCUCAAACUAAAGGCGUUGUAUUUGGAGAAGAUUCAUCCUAUCAUGCCGAUUAUACCGGAGACGACGCUGGAGGGCGAUGAGCCAGCGAGUGUGGUGUUGAAACAGCUCAUUUGUCUAGCCGCAUCUACAGAUCCAAGCAUGGCGCGGUAUCUGCAUCUCCAAAACAAAGGCGAUGAUCUUCUCCCCUGCCAAGACUUCAUGCAAUCCAUCUCCUCCGCCGUCCGCGCAAUUCUCGAAACAAGCAUCAUUACCGACAGAGUCCUUCACAUCCGCGCCCUCAUCCUUUUAUCCCUCUACACCCAGCCCAGCUCCUCCGAAGAAGCAGAUCUCCCCGCGCAACUCGGCGGCCGCGCUAUUCACCACAUCCAAACGCUAGGUCUUCAUCUGCUCAGGUACGACGCGCCGAACUGUGAAGAGCUGGAAACGCUGUUCUGUGCGGUCUGGGCGGUUGAUCGGAUUAAUGCGGCGGUGUAUGGGAGGCCGUGUCUCAUGCAUGAGAGGGAUAUAGGCGCGAAUCUGGAUGGGUGUAUUAGGAAGAGGCCGCCGUGCUUCAGGUUGUUUUUGAGUGUGGUGCAGUGGUUGGAUCAGGUUAUUGAGCUGUAUCGCCCGGGACCGAGUGCUGAGGCGAGCGGGUUGGAUAAGAUUGCUUAUAUUGAUCUUCCGGUUCUGGAGGCCAUGAUCGUCAAUGCUGAUGCGCUCAAAGUACCGGGUUCACUAAUUGCAACGAUCGAAACAUUUUAUCACGCCGUGAUUAUUUUAUCGUGUCGUCUUCCACGACCGGGUACACUUACAGCUGCAUCUACACUCCCUCCACCAUCCGCCAACGCCCGUCGCUCCCUCGCGGCAGAACGCAUCGCCUGCGCCGUCCUGCGCGACCAUCUAUCCCCAAUGCCCUUCGUCCCCUACGCCGUAUGUCUCGCCCUAAGCGUAGAGUACCGCAAGAUGCGCCACUCUCGCCUCCCCAUGUUUCGCUCCCGCGCCAUGCACGCAUUCCGUCGCAACUGCGAAAUGCUCAGAAAAUUCGGCGAUUACUUCUGGAGCGCCAACGUGGUAGCGGGGUUGGGCGAGCGGGUGCUGAAGGAGAUGGAACGGGCUGCUAACACGCUUACACGGGAAUCACCGCCGCCGGUUGAAGGCACGCCGGCGCUGGUGAAUCCAGUGGCUGUGACGAAUCCGAGCAUGGUUAAUGCUGUGCCGAGCGUGGAACAGGCCGUGGACUUCUCACUGAUUGAUGCUAUUUCUGGGGCGGAUGUGUUUGGGGCUAUUGAUCCGAGUUUUAACUUGGGGGCUGUGGAGGAUGCGCUGGAGGCGAAUCUGGAUAUUGGGCUGCCGAUGAAUUGGGUUGAUUGGGGGCAGUAUGCUACGUUGUCGUAAGAUGGACGGCUCAGAGUCAGCUACAUCUUUGACGACUGGAGGUAGUCUUUGAUGACUGGUUGGUGAUUUGGUGUUGGAGGUGUCUUACGCCCGUCAUAAUUUUUGGCGACGGCUAAAAACUUACUUUGGUGGUGAUACUUGGCGCGGCUAUUUCCAGAGUUUUGGUAAGACGAUGACCACGCGUGAGAUGACAGAAGCUCACGGUCAGCGACAACUGUCCGGGCUAUAAAAUUGGCUUUGUUGCUGGUUUGGAAUGCAUUUUGCUCAAUCAGUCACCAUGUGGAAAACGUCAUCGAAAGAUACCAGCAUUGAGAUCGUCGCUCUUCUCGACGACAAAGACGACGCUACGAGUACACAUAUCCAGCACACUACGCCAAGACAUCAUCGAUUUGCACGUCGCAAGAUGAGCUUGGAGAAAUGGGGACAAUUAUCGGCGUUAAUUGGGAGGGAUAUGAACAUGGUGGCGUGUUUGUCUGCCGUGUAAGCUGUAACAGGGACAUGGCUUUUGCAGUAAUAGACGAUUCAGCAAUGAGCGAAAAGACAUGGAGCGGCAAAGGGUAUGAUUGGCAGCCCGUAGGCGCGGUAAUGUACAGUAGAGCGACCGUUCAUGUUUCCAAACGACUCUUGCUAACGGCGCAGAUAGAUAAGGGUCCAUCGACCAGAAAAUAGGGAAGAUUAUGCGCCGUCCCGGUCGCAGACCAUCGUCCUGGGUUGUGUGGGUUGUAUGGAGGAUCAAGUAGAGCGCUGUCUGCUCGGCUCAACUGAGCGACUCAAUCGUCCUCAAUAAAUACUGUCCAUCUCCUCGUUGACCAGUUCAAGAUCCCGCGUAUGGUUGUAGCAUUCGAGGUUCGUAUCGCACGAGUUGGUAGGUAAUCGCUUGUUCCAUUCACUUAUCCAACAUCAUUCAAUCCAACUCUUGUGCCUCCCACCAUCACAUCCAAUCGUUGUUAAUCGCAGAGUAACCGGGUAUCAUAAAUCAUUAAUCCAUCUCUUUCACUUCCUCGUUAUAUCCGUGGGCUUCCCCCGAAACUGAUUCUUGAUCUCAUCCAGAAAAUGCUUCGCAAACUGUGAAUUUUUACCAGACGUAUUCGGAUCCGCCGUCGCCUCGCCCGGUGCCAAAGGCUCGUGCGGAUUUCGUCCGUGUUGCUUCUCGUGGAUGGUCUUGUGAAUGCGUGUUACUGCGCGGUGGAAACCCGGUUGGCGGAGGAUCUGAGAUAUGUUAGAUUGGGGUGGAGAUUGAGGAUGGGAGGCGUACGGAUGCGACGAUGUGAUCCUGGAAUUUGUUAGUAAGGGCACUUAUUGGGGGAGAGGGACGACGGACUUCGAAGGAUUGGAUUGCGCGGAGGAGCCACCAGUGUGCAGCCAUUUUGGUGAAGAGGACGGUAAAUUGAAGGUGCUGAAUUCAAGAUGGAGAUGGAGUGGCGGCGUUAGUGGCACGGGAAAUGGAGGGGCGGACAAGGAUGACAAAUGGAUCUUGUGUGACAGCUUGACUACAGUUUCAGCUACAGCUACCCUGAACUUGACAUGAGCCAAUCAAGCACUCAUCAAUGCUCAAAAGCUUGAGAUCAUUUAAGAGCUUAGAAUAACGUGUCAAAACUAUCCUAAGUUUAGCACAGACUUAUCCUAAAGUUAGGUAAGUGUUGGAUCUUGGUCACUUAUAGAACACCUCAUCACUGUCACUCUCAUGCAGCCUCGAUGAACGUCAAAUCACUUUUAUUGAUCCCAAUCCACCAGCUUGAUUACUGUCCAGGAUUAGAAGUACUGGUUCAUGAAAGCACCGAUAUAAUCCUGCUUCCCCAACUCAAUGCCCUCCUUUCUCAAAAUCGCAUACGCCGUAGUCAAAUGGAAGAAGACAUUAGGAAUUCCAUAACCCUGCACAUAAUCCCGAACCUUCAUAUCCGCACUCUUUCCGGGGCCAAGGCCAAUAGUGACAACCUCAGCACCACGCUUCUCGACAAGCUCUCGGUCAGCCUUCUCAACAACUUCAAGGACUUGGGCAAUGCGAGCGUGGAAUUGAGGGAAUGUGGUGCACUCGUCGCGAGAGAGGGUGAGGGGCUCUGUGCCGGUUGUGCGCGCGACGAUCUUUUGCGCUGUGUCGGUGGUGAAGUAGACCUGGAAGCUGAGGUCCAGCAUGUCAGGGGCCAGUUUGGCGGUGGGGAAUGAGGCAGAGUUGGCGUGGGAUUCGGCCUUUUUGAGGAUGGAGGAUAGGGAGUUGAGGGCUUCCUUGGUGUGGAGGAUGGCGGCGUCGUAGAGUGUGUAGCUCAUGAUGGGCAGUGAGUGACUUUGAGAGUGAAACUUAAUUUGAGAGGAGGUAGUGUGAAUUGGGUAUAGUAGUUAUUGCGUGAUGAAGCUGGUCUGUCCGAACAAUCCGAGAGGCGAUGUCUACGGGGUAUAUAUAUCUCUUGGUCUCCCCGUUUCAUGAGACCUCAACCCUUCUCCACUGUCUUCACCGCUUGCUUUACUAAUGGACCUUUCCAGUUCCCCUCAGAUCGACCGGCUGAAGACUCUAGAUGCUUCCUCGAUUAGUAAUGGAUCCAUUGAGAACCAUUGAGGGCCUUUUGAGACCAUUGCGGAGACUGGCAGUAACGCUAAGUGUCUCCGGAUCAUCGGUGUCCGACAUCCGUGCGGGAUUGGGAUACAGGCCUUUCGUUGGACGUGCGUUGAACAAGUGUUCUAAACGGUCGAAUAUCGCACGAUUCAUGAAACGUCGGCUUACAAACCAGCUCUGAUUACAAACUACCUGAUCCAAAUGAGACACGGGGAACCAAAGAAAUGGCCGGCAAAUAUGACAGCAGAAAAUACCUGGUAACAAGAAAUGACAGGUUAUCGAAGAAAUGACCGUGACGGACGACGAGAAGGAAUAACAAUCGCUCCAUGAAAACAGUCAGGCCAUCAAUUAAAACCCAAGGAUCCGAUUCGCCUCCGCAACAACAUCAUUCUCCCCCUCCGUCCUCAGCGCGCUCAGGCCCAUCGCCCGACGAGCCGCUCCGUCCAGCAUCUUCUCCGUGCCCCGCCCCACAUGUCCGGACUCCCCCGCACCGCCAGGGAAAUCCGGUCCCGGCGUCCCACGGAGGAAAGCGUCGCGCUGUCGGACCAUGUACUCUGCGUUUUGGGUUGUGAUUGGACAGAUGGGGAUGUACAGGACGGAAGAGUCUGAUGUGCCGGCGUGGACUUUGUCGACGGAGUGGAUUGCUAAGUAAUGUUAGUACCGGUGGUAAUUUGGGGACGGGUGAAGGGACUUACUGUCGCAGUGCCAUGCUACGAAAUCUCCAGGUUGUAUCUCAGGAACGUGAACCAUCGUCCUCUCAAGCUCCAAAUGCGGAUGUAACUCCCCCGUCAACUCCUGUCCCGUCCCCGGCGUCGCACCCUGCAACUCACUAUCAACAUCCCUCAUCAACUCCCAGUUCCCCUCGUCCAAAUACCCCUGCCCCAACCUCUCACUCUUUGCCUUAAAAAACGGCCUCAGCAGCACAUACGCCAUCGAUAGCUUCACCAGCGGAUUAACCAGCAACGUUCCCUCUCCAGGCUUAGUAUGGCUCAUGCUCAUCCACCCCUGCCACAUUCUAAACAUCGAACAAGCACCCAGUCCAUCGUAGCGAUUGUUCACAGCGUCGACACGUCCGCUGGCGUCCCAGGGAUCGUAGGAGUCCCAGGUUCCUUGGAGGAUGGCGUCGUAGACGUGUCCUGCGCCGUAGCCUUCCGGUUCCCAGCGCUCUACGCUUCCGCCGUCGAUGUGUGGACCGAGAGCGAAGCUGGCGUCGCCGGGUUGGCGGAUACGUAGGCGGUCGGCAUAGCUGAAGGGUUGGGAGAGGGAGAUUGAGGUUGGAGAGGUGGUGUGCCAGAGGGACAUGAGAUUGUGUUGGACGGUGAGGAAGUUUGGGUGUGAGCGGGCUUUUAGUUGGGGUGGUGACCAGUAGAGUUCGUAGACUUGAGGAUCGUGAGGUGGAAAUGCUGAUAUCGUUAGUGUAAGUCAAUUGGCGAGGGGAGUGUAGGGGUAGAUACCUCGUGUAGAUGGGUUCUUAGCAACAUACUCCUCCACCUCAGCCUUAUACGCCCUCGCCUCACCCUCCGGUAUAACACCCCUCACAACAACAACGCCUCUUUUCUUGACCUCCUCCCUCAGCCCAUCACUACUCUUCUCAAGAUCCUUGAAGUCAAUCUGGGGAAUAACACCUGGUCCCUUCUUGGCAACAAUCUCAUUCUCCCGCUUCAACUCACGAAGGAGUUUUUUCCACGAUUGAACAAUCUUAUCUUGGCGGCCUUGGAGGAGAUUAAGUUUGAGCUGACGAUAUCGAUCGGGUAAAGGCUCGCGUUGGGCCCCGGACAGUGAAGUGAAUGCAUCCGAGAUGUCGCCUUCUUUUUUGGAGGCUAGCGAUGUCAUGCAGCGGCGGAGGACAGGGCGGGAUGGCUUGGCGAGAGAUGCGCGGAGCAUUUUGACGGCGGUUUAAUGAGCAGAAUGACAGGAAAUUUGAUGGAAAGAAUGUGGAAAAAACGAUGAGAGUGACGAGAAGAUGAUGAUAAGAUACAGGAUUGCAGUGUGAGCGGAAAGAAGAUAAUGGUGUUGGAUCUUAUAUCGAAUUGAGGAGAACGCGGUCUUACUCCAUUGGGACAUUCCGCAUUUCGAAUUGGAGAAGCAAGAAAUCUUCCCCAGCUUCGGGGAAUAAGAGCCUUGCUCAAUGUGGGGUUAAACUUCAGAAGGUGCUCUUGGUCACGGCAUUGAACUGUCUUCAGCAAACAAAGCAUUAAACUUACCAGCUACAGUGAGAAGACCGCAGUCCAGAGGCCUGAGUAAACAAUCUUGAAAGGCGAGCAGAAAGCUCUCCCGAAAGGCCUUAAGUUUACACAAACAAGCAUUUGCCAUCACUUACACCGCGCGGUCUCCAACCUCAAGAUCUAGACAGCACGUCACUCUUCGCUUACAGUGCCUCCAGGAACUCACAGCGCUAAAACUCCACUCUCAUCACCACCAACACGCCUCACAAACAAAAAUCACUAUCACCCGAGUUCAGCAUCACCAACAUCAAUGAUCAUGAUACCCAAAUAUAUUCCCCAACACCAACACAAAAGAAUACCUGUACUCAAGUUAUACAAGCCAUGCAGUCCAGUUAUACACAAUCAACACCUAGCUCCCAUCUAUGCUAAUAAUUAACCACCCUUCCCUACGAUCAUUCCUCUCAAACUCCACGCUUUUUUUAAUCCAGGUCCCCCAGAGCCCUCUUCAUCCUCUCCUUCAAGUCCCUAUUCUCCAUCUCCAACCCCCCCAGCCUCUGCCUCGCAGCAUGUCUGUCCUGGUUCCUCCCCUCCCGCUCCAUCUUGAGCUUAUACUCCAUGUCCCGCAGUCUAAACAACCACCUGUUAUCGUUCGCAGCGCUGUUGUUCUCUUCGCUCAGCGCAGCCAUGUCGCGGAGCCCUAAGCCACCCGCUGAAGAGCCGGGUAGUGCGGUGGUGGUGUGUGCGCGCGUAACGGUUGAGCGGGAUUUGGAACGGCUUGUGCGUUGGUCGUUGGGACCGCGCGGGAUGGAGGGUGAUGGGGAGUGAGGAACUAACUCGGUGCUGGAGUAUGAGGCUCGCGCGCGCACGUCGUUUGCGGUGCGGAGAGUGGCGUUUUCGACUUUGAGUUGGCGAUAUGCUUCUUCGAGGCGGGAGUACCUUGCGUCGUGGCUGAGGGAUCCUGAAGCGACCGAGUUUCUAACCAUGGUUUCAAGACGGUCCAGUUUCUUGGUGCGCACCUCGAGGUUGGACUCGAGGGUUUGAUACUCCCUGUGGAGAUCGCGCUCGACGGAUUUGAUGCGCACUUCGAAGGAGCCGAUCAUGUUCUCGAUGGCUUUGACGGCGGCCAUGAGGUUCUUGGUGAAGCUGGGGAGGCGGUUGGCGAUGACUUCGAUUGAGGGGAGGACUUGGCGGUCGAUGAGGGAGUUGCCGUGGACCCAUUCCCUUCCGCAUAAUUUACUGAGCUUGUGCCAAAGCUGGAGGAGAAGUUCAUUGCGCUCCUGUAGUUGAUCGCGCAUCGACUGUUCAAGUUGUGCGAUCCUCCUGCGAUCCUGGCUCUUGUUUGUCUCGAGCUCAGCGAUGCGAACAUCUUGACUGCUUGCAGUACGGGUAAGGUGCUGAUGAGACUUCUGGAACGUGUCGUACUGCGAUUUGGUAUUGCGGUGGGCAAUGCGCUCCUUGUCGAGUAACUCGGCAAGUUUGCGACUCUCAAGGGCAUGCGACUCGAGUAGUGAAUCGCGCAUCUUGAUGAUACGAUCUUUCUCCACAAGAGCUGCCUUGCUGGCAUCCAGAUCGCGGAUCGUAUUCUCAAGCUCCCGCUGUAACUUGGCGAUGGACUAAAACCGUUAGCUUCCGUUUUAUCCCCACAAUCAUGAGACAACUCACCUUGAGGAGCGAAGAGCGGGUACCGUUGAGGUCACCCAGAGCUUCACGAAGAUUAUUCUCGAGCUCCAUCAACCUCUCCUUCCACUCUGUCGCCUCAACCUCCCUCGACGUCAAGUUCUUACGCAGACGACGAGCCUCAUCCUUGGCCGCUGACGCUUCCCGAUUGAGCUCGUUGACAAACUGCUGAACCUCCUCCUUCUCCUGGUCCGCCACGAUUUCUCGCUGGUGUCGCUCUUGUUGGAGACGGUUCUCCAGUUCCUUGACUCGUUCCUUUUCUUCGCGGAUGCUCUGCUCGGCAUUGGCCAUCGCAGCUUCGAGAUCGCCGAUGCGUAUCUUGUCGGUCUCUUGCUCUUCUCGUAGGAAUGCAAUCUCUCCCUGUGAAGACUCUUGCUGUACCGAAAGUCGCUGGUUCUUGUCGUUCGCCUCCAUGAGCUUCUGCUCCAGCUCUUCAAGCUCCUUGUUCGACGAGUCCAAUUCCUGCUCGAGCUGUUGGAUGCGUCGCAAUUUGUUCUCCUGGUCGUCUUCAAGUCGUAUCAAGGCUUCGCUCAUCUUGCGCAUCUCUUCCUGCAAGGCGUCAAAGUUUUCUGAGCGGUCCUGUAGAUCUGCUUGUACUCGUUGCAUCUCCUCGGCUUGUUGAUCGGCCUCUGACUCCAACGCGUCAAUCUCCUCUUGAGCCUCUUUCCGUAGCGCUUCAAAUUCGCUCUCCAUCUCAUUCUGCUCACGGAGAGCUUCGUCGCGUUCAGAUUGCAAGGCAACAAGAUCGUUCAUCGCAUUGUUGAGGUCCUCUUGUAGAGUCAUCGCUGCUUCUUCAGCUUGUCGCUUGUCGCCAAUAGCAGUCUCAAAGUCUUCCAUGCAAAUCUCAAGCUCGCGCUGCAACUCUUGAUUCUGCAACUUGACUUCACUGAGUUUGUCGCGCAUCUCGUUCAUCUUGUUCUCGAGUUCUUCACGGUCGGCUUCUUCCUCAAUUUGCGUCCGAGUCUUCAUGCUACCCCGCGAUUGGGGUCUCUCCAUACCACCAACCUGUGAAGCCGAUCGCUCGAGAAGACUGUCAAUUGUUGAAGGGGCAGGCCGACCUCGUCGCUGAGCCAUCUUGAGAUCCUCAAUCUCCUGGUAGAGGCGCUCCUUUUCGCGGUUCCUCGAAGUCAGCAUGGAUGUCUGCGCACCGACCUCGCGUCUUAGUUCGGCAUUCUCAUGUCGUAGCUGCUCACUCUCGCGACGCAGCUCAUCAACGAGUGUGGUCGCAGCACUGAAAUUGCCAUUUGAGCUCUCCAUGUCGCCUGAAAGGCCAGAGACAGGUCGACCUGGUGAUACAUUGCCGUCGCGAUGUUUCUUGGUGAUGUUGUAAAUGUUUGUCGUGUGGUGUAAGCCUCCCCCGCUAGUCAGGCUAGACAUGUCCUGCUUUAGCUUGAACACCUCCUCCCGUAGUCUCUUAUUCUCGUCAUCGGCUUGUUCUCUGCGUGCAGUCUCUUGCUCCAGAAGAUCCUUCCACACAUCGGCCUCUUCUUGUCGCUCCAUGUUUUCGCUAGUUCGCUCGCCAAGAGAUCUGACGAUAUCCGCAAACUUUCGUCGUUCAUUCUCCUUGGUUAAACUUUCCGACCGUAGGCGCUCAAUCUCAGUGGCAUACUCCUCAACCCGCUCGCGCAAAAAGAUGAGCUCUUCUUCUCGCUCUUCAUCUCCCAUUCGGGCCGUUUGGUCUGUCGAUGAUGCACCACUGUGCGCUGUGCUUGGUCGUUCUCCCUCAUCUCGGACUUGCUUCUCCAAUUCUUUAACCCGCCUCCGCAAAACCUUGUUGUCACGUUGGAGUACCGCAAGACCAGUCUUAAGGUCAACGUUUUCCGAGAUCAUUUCCUUGAUACCCUCUUCCGACAGCUUGUCAAGGCGAUCGCUCAAGAACAUAACUUUGAGCUUAAGAUCGAAGUUUUCCUUUGACAGCCUCUCAAUCGUACUGCUCUGUUCUUUGAGCGUCAAGUUCUUGCCCGAUCGGGCAGUAUUGACGGAACCCAUGGUGAUUGAGGAAUGUUUCCGGGGUGUUUCGAGUCCACCCUUGUACUUGUACUCCUUGGCCAAAGAUUCGGGUACCUGGACGUUUCUAACAUGUCGCGCGAUGACCGUAUCCGUAGGCGCUGUAGUGAACCCUUCCUUAGAGGGCUUCGGUGUCUCUAGCAAAUCUUGUCGCGGCCGUUCGGGACUAUCGACUUCGUGAAGCGGUUCGAGUUGCGGUAAUGAAGUGUCAGUGUAAUCCUCAGCGCCAAAUGCCGAUCCAACACUACCCAUGCUUCCUAUGCUGAUGGAUCGUAGCAUCGGAUUGCUGGGAUUUCGUAGCAUUCCAAUUGCGGGAACUGCACCGCCAGACUGCAAAGCGUAAUCGGUACCAAGACCAACUGUCAUAUCGCUGCCUUCGUGAGACUCGGGAUUCGUAGCGAAUGAGGAUGUCGACGAUCGCUGACUUCCAAAACGACUGCGCAAAUAUUUUGGUCGUCGGCUUCGAAGCGAUUGACCAGGGGUGCUGCCCGCAUCGACCUUUUCGGACAAGGAAUGGGUUCUCGAUAAAGGGGCCUCGUUAUCGCCAGCGCUAGAUACCUGUGAGCUCUCCUGUUCCGUGUCGUCCUUUUCGCUCUCGUCGUAGCUUGUGUUGCGAUUGUCAGGUUGACUCGCCAUGCUAACGGCGCGCGAAAUAGUUCUUCGUGUUGCAGCUGCAGUCGGCGACGAAAAGUUCUCAAAGCCGGAAGUAUUCGUGCUCGCGACAGUUACAUCGUGAUCCUCUUCUUCUUCUUGAUGUCGCUGCAGAGGUUGAGGCGCAGGCUUUUUUGUCGGCGAAUCGAAUUGGUACGUGUCGUCGACGCCGCCCUCUUGGUUCGUGGAUGCAGUUGGAAUGGGGGACAAGGCGGGCAAGAAGCUAGACUCCACGUCCCUCAAGUGGCGUCUAACGUCCUCCUCAGUCAAAGAAUCGUCAUGUCCCCGUGUGACAUCGACGGAAAUAGGGUCGAAGUAGCUGGUUUCAGGGGCAGAGUGACCAGGCAGGUGCAGCAUCGAGUCUUCGUGGCUUGUGGGGGGAUUGCUGGUACUCUGGGGAUUUGUCCUGGUCUGAGAUUUUGCGUGCGUAUCAUCAACAGUUAUCGCAAUGUCGUGUGGAGAUGUCGCUGUGGUUGGGUUUGCUGGCUGGGCUUGCGACGUGUCGGCGGCUGUAUCGUCAGUCAUCUCUGAUGUCUCAGUGGCCUCGUUGUGGUCCAGAUCAUCGCUGCCAGUGUGUGAGACGCGAUGGGCCGUCUGUGGACGCGACCCGUCGUUGGUGCCGCUCGGACUUGGGCUGGGAGCCUGAGCCUUUGGGCUCUGGCUGUUUUCUCGCUCAUCGUUGGCCAUGAUGCAUUGCGGCGACCGCUAUGCGAGGCAGCUGUGGUGUGCUGUGCUGGUGGUUUUUGAUUGAUGCAGAUGCGAAUGUGGAUGGAGAUUGUCGGGUAUUGAAUGGGGAUGCUGAAUGUUAUGUCUUUCUGGGCAUCGCCCGCCAUAAGCUCUCACUAAAGAGAAAACCUGACUGCGCUAAAGUCCAUCCCUUCAGGGCGCCGUUGAUGGUGUAUCGUUCCAGCCAAUCAGAAUCUGUGUCGUUCCCCCUGCGCUGGUUGUUUAGCGGCGGUUGGAGGGGAAAUAGCGGGGCUGAUCCAUGUGGUCGAAUUGAAGCUUGGCUCGUUGCUUGGGACAACCUGCCAGCGCUUUAUGCAUCAGUCGAGAGUUCAAUGACAGUGAUACUCGAAUUCACAGCGAAGCCUCGUCAUGGACGCGAAGAUACGAGGUGAUUAACACUUUUGAUUCAACCUGAGACAGUAAACUUGCUUCUGAUCGUUAGAUCGCAUGUUGAAACAAGGGUUUGAGUUGGAGAAGAGGACUAAAUUCCUAAGCGAGUAAGCAUUUCGUAUCGAAGUGAAACAAUCCCUCAGAUUCGUUUAUUUUGUGGAUUGAUGAUUCGCAGGAGUUUGAUCUACGAUGCUCCAUGAUGGUGAUUGACGUUAACCUUGGAUGUCACUCUAGACCCAUUGAAUCGAAGUAAUU